AUGUACCUUGUUUACGAGCUGGUCGAGCACACUCUCCAGGAUUUAGUUCGAAGCCAGCACUCCCUCGAGGUCAAAGAGCUAGGGGCCAUAGUGAAACAGAUUCUUGAAGGACUCAUCUACCUCGAAGUAAACGGGAUAGGGCUCCUGGACCUCGAGUGUGCGGACAUUAGGUUCAGGCCAAACGGCUGCCUCCAGAUAGGAAGCUUCAACCUCCGCGCCUGGACAGAAGACCAGAUCAAACUGCGGACUUCCUAG